AUGGCGGUGAUAAUACAAUUGAAGAACAUUGCUGACAUGGGCGCCCACGUUUUGUUCCUUGAAUACAACAAAAUAGAAGGCAUGUUGUUCUCGGAACUCUCCCAUCAUCGGAUUCUUAGUGUCAACAGUCUAAUCAAGUUCGGUCGAACCGAGCUGGUGAUUGUCCUCCACGUCGAUAAGGAAAAGGGUUACAUAGAUUUGAGUAAGAGAAGGGUUAGCGAGGAAAAUAUUCAGGCUUGUGAAGAAAGGUAUAACAAGAGUAAACUUGUUCAUUCUAUUAUGCGACAUGUUGCCGAGACUUUGGAUAUCGAUUUGGAGUUUGUUCAUUUGGAUAUGAAGUACUUUCAGAGUUUACCUAUGGGUUUUUGGUAA